AUGAGACACGGAGAUGGUGGAGUUGGAAGCUCGGCGGAUUUCUUUGCCUUGAGUCUGCCGCGGUGGUAAACCUUUUUUUCCAGAACGUUUAGAUGUGUUGAAGACCUCCGGUUGAGCCGAGUAAUCUUUCACGACACCGGCUGAAAGGCCUACCUGAGCCAAAAUCUGCCAAACCCAAGGUCUUUGCCGCCUCAGGGCCGUGAUUUCGUCCUUCUCAAACUCUGCCACAGUUUUUUCUCGUAGCACGACAGAAGGACCCCUAGGGAUACCAUUAAGCCCUAUAACUUACUCUGCUUCAGCAGCAGCGGCAAGAAAAUUGCAAAACAUUUCGCGAAUUUAUAAUUUUGUCGCAGAGAAAAUCACCAAAAUUUCGGUUUUUUCAACUUUUUUCCAAAUUGUGGUAACUUUCCAAAAUAAUCUUUUGGCACAAGAUUUAUAGUACAAUAGUAUAUAUUGGAGCCAAAUAUGGCGCAGCUUUGGUGAGUAUUAGUCUCAUUACGGCAGGACUAGAUAAAAAUUUCUGGGGCCGUCAAUCCAAAAUAGAAGAAAAAAUAUCCCGCCCCUUUUUGGUGAUUCGCUCAAAACGAAAUGUCACUAUCCGAUAAAACGCAUUUUCACGAAGUUUCGAAACGGUUCAAGUCAUUUUAGGUAUCCGUCUUGCCUAUUUUUCCCACUUCGUCCCUGGAAAUAUCUCGGAGCCCCGAUUAAUUUCACAGUUCUCUAACAGGCAACUUUUUUUCAUCAACUUAGCCCAGACAAAGACGGCUUUCCCACUGAAUCCUUUUCCGCCAGCUCGAGUCCGUGUUUGGGCAGACCUUGCCAAUCUUAAAGGAUUCGCCGAGGCUUUUGGGUGCCCUGUUGGUUCGAAAUACAACCUUCCAGUGGACAAAAGAUGCAAUAUCUUUGACUUUGACAUCGAUAGCCCAACUUUCACGACGACGACCACCACCACAACUACAACGACCACUACAACAACUACUACAACGACUGCACCAACUACCACUGCUGUAACUGACGCAACUCCUCAUGCCAGUACAAACACCCCACCGGCACCUGAACGAACUACUCCCUCUGAGCCAAGAACUACUCCUUCUGAGCCAAGAACUACUCCCUCUCCGCCUGCACGGAACCCAGACGGUAACCACACCGAAUAUGGAGAGAAAUCGGUUCUAUUGUCUCCGCCGUAUUUCUUAUAUCUCCUUUUGGGAUUUGCCCAUAUUAUGACCCAAUAA